AUGGAAGGCACUCAUUUCGCCGAGCGAUUAACGCCCAUUUUUGCCAGAAUAAACUCGCUGGUCUCCUACCUGCAGAGUUUUGAGGUUAAACGGAAGGUCUAUGUCAACCCACUGGGAAGUUUGAACGACAAGUUUUUCCGCGGCAGCAUUCUGUUCCAAUGCAUAUUCGACAGCAAGCGUCGAGAAGUCUUCGCAGCGGGCGGCCGCUAUGACUCUUUGGUUCAAGACUUUCGCCCGUCUGUUCUAGCAAGCCGCUCGCAGACGCACGCUGUAGGAUUCAAUUUGAGCUGGGAUGUGCUUAGCUCUAUUAUGGUUGAGUACGUUAAGACUCCUAUGCGAACCUCGUCGAAGUACGUUGAAGCCGAAAUGGGAGCUUUCUGGAAGACAAGAAGGUGUGAUGUUCUCGUCGCUAGCUUUGACCCUACAGUCCUUCGUGAAACGGGUGUCAAGUUGACCCAGGAUCUAUGGGCCAAUGACAUCAGUGCAGAAUUGGCAGUAGAUGCAUCAUCUCUUGAAGAACUUCUUGUCAAGUACAAAGAGCAUAAUCAUAGCUGGAUUGUGAUCGCAAAGCAAGACAGCAAGGAGCGAGGGUUCAAAGUCAGAUGUCUUGUUCCCAAGGAAGAGUUCGAUAUACGGAACACCGAGCUUAUCCCCUGGCUGCGGAACGAGAUACGCGCUCGCAAUACACGUGAGGGGACGACGGACAACUCCCGAUAUGCUCGUCUUAGCCAGUCGGAAGCCAACGCGGCCGUUAGCGAGCGAGCCAAUGAUGUGCGCAUCCUUGUCCCCCAGCAUAGGAGCAAGAAGACAAACAGGAGGAACAUCGUUGAGUCAGGUAGGUUGAACCCAGAAAUUGUACCAUCUAGACUAACAAAAACAGCCUUGUUGCGCUCUAGAGAGGUAGUUGAAAAAGCAUUGGAAGGCCCAAUUGCCGCAAUAGACACUCGCGACGACUUGCUCGACGCAAUUAGGGAUACCCGUCUCUCAGACCCCGACAGUUGGCGCGCCGUCAUUCAGAACGCGCCUCUCACAGAGCGAAAGUAUCUUGGCCAAGUGCAGGACUUGCUCCUGGACCUUGCGAGCGAGAGCCGAGCGGACGGCGCAGAAACUUCCAGCAACGCUUUCAUCUACAACUUCCGGACAGGGUCAUGUAUCAACUAUGACCUGAAAACUGGGAAUGACCGGUAA